AUGCCGCAAGCCUUCGAGUUAGGUUGGGUACUAACAAAGAUACCCGAUCAGGCUAAAGAACGUCAUCAGGCCGAAGUACAAAAGUUGCUCGAUAAGGCUAAAAAAGCCAUUGCAAUCAAAAUUACCGCCGAAAAGUGCGUAAGCCAAGCACAGAAUUCAUACAAGUCGGCACAUAGUUACUCGGACGAGCCGAGUGCAAAAGUACGCAAGCGGAGCACAAAAAGCUGCCCAGACAGGCCAAAGAGAGCUAAUUUGAUACUUGAACGGCUAAGUUCCAAGUCGAUGGAUGUUUCGAGAUGGGAUAUCGAAUAA